AUGCAAUUGAUACUUGAAGGAGCUAUGAGUAAUUGCGAAGGUAGCUUGGAAGACAAGACAUCAUCUUACAAAAGUUUCGUAGUGGACAAUUAUAAGAGCAUCUAUUUCGCCGGCCAUGAGACCAGUGCGAUUGCUGUCUCCUGGUGUAUUAUGCUCCUUGCUCUCAACCCUUCCUGGCAGACUCGAAUCGUCGGCGUAGGAUAUCAUGUGUACGGUAGAGCGGUGGUGGAGCAGUGGAGGAUGCGGAGAAGUCUACGGAUGCAAGGCGUGAAGGGUCCUUCACCGUCGAUCUUUAGCGGCAAUGAAUCGGAGAUGCAGAGAAUCCAGUCAGAGGCAGCUAAACACUAUUCCGGCGAUAACAUCAUUUCUCAUGACUACGCUUCUUCUCUCUUUCCCUACUUCGAACAUUGGCGAAAACAAUACGGGAGGAUGUACACAUACUCGACGGGGCUGAAGCAGCACCUUUACAUAAACCAACCGGAAAUGGUGAAGGAGCUUAGCCAAACCAACACACUUAACCUUGGCAGAAUCACUCACAUUGCCAAACGCCUUAAGCCCAUUCUUGGCAGUGGCAUUAUGGCUUCUAAUGGGCCUCACUGGGCUAAUCAACGUCGUAUCAUUGUCCAUGAGUUUACCCACGACAAAAUCAAGGGAAUGGUUGGUUUGAUGGUGGAAUCUGCAAUGCCAAUGUUGAGCAAAUGGGAAGAGUGA